AUGGGGUGGCCUCACACCUUCCACAACUCGUCUCGUUGCGUAUCUCUGCGACCAUCCCUGGCCAAGCUCACGCAGCUGAGAUCGUUGGAUGUUUCCGGUUGCCGCAGCGACAAGGCGGUUCCGUUCGAGCUGCUGGGCGCGCUCGCCGGGCUGCGCUCGCUCAACCUCAACUACACGAGCGUCGACGACGCGCAGCUCGCGGAAAUCGUGCGCUGCUGCACCGAGCUCACGCACCUCCAGCUGUCCCGCUGCGCGCAGCUGGUCAGGGGCGCGACCUUCCGCCAGGUGCUCACCGGCCUGCCCCGCCUCGAGUCCCUCAUCGCCUCCAACAACGCCAGCGUCUCUGUCGACAGUUUCUGCGCGCCGGCCCCGGCGGACGGUGAGACAAUGUCGACGACGCCGACGCCGUUAUCGCUGACCGAGCUCGACGUAUCGGGCUGCGUCUGGAUCACCGACGCCGCGCUCGCCGCGCUCUGUCGGCUGCUGCCCUCGCUCACGAGCCUCGCGCUGACCAAGUGCCACAGCAUAACCGACUGGUCGCCGCUCACGGCCGACGCCCGUGGCGGCCUCGCAUCAUCGCUGGCACACCUCAAAAUCAACGGGACCGGCGUCAACGACGCGGCGCUGGCGGUCAUCGUGCGCGGCCUGCCGGCCCUGACCACUAUCAACCUCAUGGACUGCCGCGGCAUCACGCCAGCGGGCCUCGCGUGCUUCGCCGACGGCGCGCCAGCCCUGCAGGACCUCAAACUCAACUGGCGCGGCUAUCGUGCUGCCCUGCAGGAGCUGCGCGGGCGACGACCAGACCUCCACGCCACCACCAAGUGA